AUGGACACUGACCCAAACGGGAGGCGAUAUUUCCUAGAUCGACUUCCUAAUCGAUUGUUCGCGCGUCCGUCGCUCAAGGCAUUGCUCGGUGUCCACAGUGGAAUAGGUGCUGCGUGGUGUUCGUUCUCCGUGGCUGCGCUCAGGACGCACCAGGUGUCAGCCGCGCGACCCAAGGGCGAACCUCCAUCAAGCCAGGACCAGCUCUUGGAGACGGCCGCUCCAGCCACCAACCACACCACCUUCUGCGCACGGAGGGAUGCCAAGGGAAGCACAGCCUGUGACACACAGUCCAAGGGGCCCUUGGGUUCUCAGAGGCACUGUGGGGGGCACAACUGA